AUGACGUUGGCACAAGCACAAUUAUCAGUAAACUGUUCUUCCCAAUGCGGCGGAGUGGAAAUUCCAUAUCCAUUUGGGAUCGAACCCGGUUGCUCUGUGGACGAUUGGUUUGCCGUGGAUUGCACCUCCAGCAAACCAUUUUUGAGGAGCAUCAAUCUCGAAUUGCUUGAAAUUUCAAUACCAACUAACACAAUGCAAGUCAAUUAUUCCAUAUACAAUUCUUGCCAGAAUGAAUCAACCAGCCAGUUUGUUAACUUGGACACAACCCCUUUUGAAUUCUCCGACAGUUCUUCCAACAGAUUCACCGCUGUAAGCUGCAGCAAGCUUGCCAAAAUUUCCACCAACCAAUCGGUUAUUUCAGGAUGCUCCUCCAUUUGCAAGGAAAACGCUGCAAAUAUCGGAGUAGAUAUUAGUUGUCAAUCCGGAAUCAACUGUUGCCAGACGACAAUUGGUUCUCUCAAGAACUUUAAUGUAUCUGUGGAGCCUACUCAAAGCAGCAUAAGUAAUGGAGAAAUACAGCAGCCUCCUCAAGAUUGCGACUUUGCCUUUUUGGUGGAUCAGAACUGGUUUGUAAACGACUUAACCAAUCUUCAAGAUCUUCGGAAUAUGACGCGCGUUCCAGUCAGAAUCAGUUGGGGAAUAUUCAGUUCUUUAUUGAAUCAGCUAGCUGCUUUGAAUAGUUCAACAAACUCUACGUCAAACUCUAGUUGCAUUUCUGACUCUAGCGUUGUUCGAUGCAAUUGCUUAGGAAAUUUCACAGGAAAUCCCUAUCUUUCUCACGGAUGUCAUGAUAUCGAUGAAUGUAAAUUAGGCCUUUGCCCAUCAUAUAUGACUUGCGAAAACUAUAUAGGAGGCUACAACUGCUUCCCAAGGAAAGAAUCAAUGGUUUCCACGAUCAUUUUUGGUACAGCUGGGAGCGUUCUAGGUUUGAAGUUACUGAUUCUUGGGAUAUGGUGGUUGCACAAUAAAAUAAAGAGAAUAAAGGAGAUCAAACUCAAGGAGAAGUACUUCAAGCAGAACGGUGGUUUGCUUUUACAGCAACAAUUAACUUCAUCUGAUGGCGGUGUAGAUAGAAGCAAACUGUUUGAUUUAAAAGAUUUAGAAAAGGCCACCGAUCAUUUUAACGUGAAUCGGAUACUUGGUCAAGGAGGUCAAGGAACUGUUUACAAGGGAAUGUUAGCUGAUGGAAGAAUUGUUGCUGUAAAAAAAUCAAAAAUAGUUGAUGAAGCUGGUAAAGUUGACGAGUUUAUCAACGAGGUAGUUAUUCUUUCACAGAUUAAUCACAGGAAUAUAGUUAAGCUUUUGGGUUGCUGCUUGGAAUCUGAGGUCCCUUUACUGGUUUAUGAAUUCAUUCCCAAUGGAACCCUUUCCAGUUAUCUUCAUGAUCAACUUGAAGAGCUUUCACUCACAUGGGAUAUGCGCUUGAGGAUAGCGGGAGAAGUUGCAGAAGCACUUUGUUACUUGCACUUCUCAGCUUCCAUGCCAAUCUAUCACCGAGAUAUCAAGUCUACUAAUAUACUUCUGGACGAGAAGUAUAGAGCUAAAGUAGCAGAUUUUGGGACUUCAAAAUCAAUCACCAUCGAUCAAACUCAUGUCACAACCAAAGUACUAGGGACCUUUGGGUAUUUGGAUCCAGAAUAUUUUCGUUCAAGCCAAUUCACUGACAAAAGUGAUGUCUAUAGUUAUGGAGUAGUUCUUGCUGAACUUUUGACAGGGAAAAAACCAAUAUCGUCCACGAGGUCCGAAGAAUUCAAAGGUUUGGCAGCAUAUUUUGUUCAUUCUAUGGAGGAGAAUCAUCCUGAUGAUAUUCUUGAUGCUCUAGUACUAAAGCAAGGGAAGAAAGAGGAGAUCAUGGCAGCGGCUAAUCUUGCCAAAAGGUGCUUAGAUAUGAAUGCGAAGAGAAGGCCAACAAUGAAAGAAGUUACAAUGGAGUUAGAAAGAAUUCGAUCUUCAAUAAAAGAUGGUAACAUUCAAGUGAAUUAUCAGGAGGAAGCCUAUGAAGGAACCCAAAGUAUUCGAGGCUUGGGAUUUUGAUUCUGUGUCAAGAAGUACAACUUUUGGCGGCAUAAGUCUGUCACUAGGAGUCCAACCGCUCUUGAUAUUGU